AUGUGGUGUGCGGUGGGUGCGUGUCCGCGCAGCCGGCACCGUGUGCGGUGCAGGGCCAUUGCGGCAGUGCGUGUGGCGCUGCUCGUUGUGUUGGCGCUGGUUGCGGCGGCGGCGUGGAUGCCC